CGAGCUGUGGACAAGAUGAGUCUUCCGGACCUGAAGUCACCUGGAAAACAGUCUGCACCUGCACACACAGCGUCCCCGGUGGUGCAGCUGAACGUGGGCGGUCACGUGUUCAGCACCUCUCUGCACACGCUGAGGAAACACCCCAGCUCCACACUGGCCGAGCUGUUCAGCGGACACGCCAAGCUACGCACGGACGCACAGGGGUGCUUCGUCAUCGACCGGGACGGAUCCCACUUCGGGGCCGUGCUGGAGUUCAUGAGGUCAGAGCGGCUGCCCACCGAGCACGUCCUGGAGGUUCACAGGGAGGCAGUGUACUACAACAUCAAAGCACUCGUCAAACUGCUGGAGGAAACUCCUGUGAUGUUCGGGGAGCAGGUGGGACGACAGCAGUUCCUCUCCAGAGUCCCUCACUACAGAGAAAACAUCGAGGUGCUGAUACGAAUCGCCCGAGCCGAGGCCAUCGCCGCACGCCACUCCUCCAUCUUGAUCUGCGUGCUGAGGACCGAGGAGGACCUGGCUCUCUCUGAAGACGCCAUCAACAGCUUGGAGGCGGCCAAGGAGUCGGUGGUGACCUUCGGGCCCUGGACCGCGACCCUCUCCGUUGAAGACUUGCUGGACUGUGUCAAGAUGGACAUUGAGAGUCAGGGCUACAAGGUGAGCAUCAAGCCUCACCUGGUGGAGAAGAGCUUCCUGUCCAAGAGAUACGACUACUUCCACAAACUGGUCUUCACCUGGUGGUGACGGGGCGGAGGCGGCUUCCUCCUCGUGAAGCUGUGGAGGAACCGACCUGCGCAAAGAAGAGAUGAGAAGGAAUAAGGAUGCAGACAAUAAAUUAAUAUUCAAUUAAAUGCAAGAAAAAUCAUAUUGUGUAGUUGAUCUGUCAAUCAUCCAAUAUGUGAAGAACAUGACACACUUUGACAGACAGGCCCUCAUUUGCAUAAUGAAACAGGUAAUACAUGAAAAAUUAAACCAAAGAUAAAUAAAUGAAUUCAAACACAGAUUGACAACAAAAAGAACAGACUGUAUUAAUUCGUCUCUAAGAAUAUCAAUGUAGGUGACAUAUUACAAAUUAAUUUUUCAUUCUUCUAUUAAGUGUCUGGAAAAUAAACAGGCGGAAGUUCAAUAAAUAAUAUUUCUUAAAAUCCCUGGUGCCAAUUUUUUUUCACAAUAUUUUAGAUUAAUUAUGUUUGUUCAUUCGAAGUAAAAGAGAUGUUUGUGUUCACUCACAGGUUUAAACAGCAGGGGGCAGUAGAGCAUCUGUAAGUGAUGAUUUUUUUAGGUGCUUUGUUAUUACAGGUAUUUGCUUAUGCAGAGAUGGUUAUGUUUUCACCCCUGUCCAUCUGUUUGUGUGACAGCAGGAUUUCACAAAAACUACUUAAGAGAUAUCCAAUGCAAGUUGGCUGAUGAAGAAAGAAAUCAGUAACUUUUGGUGCUGAUCUGGACAAAGUGAAGGGAAAGUUCCACUGAAGUCGACCUUGGUCUAAAAUUACAUUUUGGUGCUUGGAGAUGUAACUUUAGUUUCAUAUUCUGUUUUACUGCUGCUUCAGUUUAAUAAACAGUAAACCAGA